UCAAGUGUGAAAACGAAAAUAAGAACCCUGUUAUGGCUUCACCGUCACUAGAGCAGGAGGACGGGGACCAGCACGGACCACUAGGAAUGAGGACCGAAGGACGGUGAAGGGGGAAGCCCAUCGGCCGACUGUGCUUCUCUUAUCUGGGAUUUAUGGACAGCUGCGGCAUGGCUUGUGAAGAUAAGACCGUACACCCCCAGAAGCUGGCCCGUCAGAACUCCAACACUGGGAUGUCUCUAGACUUCGAGCCCCAGCAGGAUUACACGUUCGUGGACAAGUUACAAGAUCGAUACAAGUGUGCGAACUGCCACCAGGUUCUGCACAAUCCUCACCAAACAGGAUGUGGUCACCGAUUCUGUGAGAGUUGUGUACUGAGGAACAAUGAAUGCUUUAUCUUAUCACAGUGUCCUAUCGACAAAGAAGACAUUAAACCCCAAGAGAUAUUUAAAGACAAUUGCUGUAAAAGAGAAGUCCUGAACUUACUGGUUUUCUGCAGAAAUUCCCCUGAAUGUGACGCAAAAGUGAUGCUAGGGAGGUUCCAGGAUCAUCUCACCCAGUGCUCCUAUGAAGUGGUUCUGUGCAGUAACAAAGGAUGUCACGAAAAAGUCUGCAGAAAAGACCUGGAACACCAUUUAUUAACACAGUGCAAGCUAAGAGACGAGGCGUGCCAAUACUGCAGCAAAAGCAUGACAUCGAUUGACCUACAGGUUCACCUUAAAAAGUAUUGUCCGUUGUAUCCGGUUUCAUGUCCCAACAACUGCAGUAAUACUUGUUCAAGAGAAGAAAUGGAUGAACAUCUCAUCGUCUGUCCUGAAGCUGAGGUAGAUUGUCCUUUCUCCAAUUAUGGCUGCUAUGUGAAGGUGAAAAAGGGAAAACUGAGAAUGCAUGAAGAGGCUUUUCUCAAAGACCACAUGCUCUAUGUACUGAACAGAAACACCAAGCUUGAGAAGCAGAUGCUGGAUUUGAAGGACAGUCUGGAACUCAAAGAGAGCACGAUUCAAGAGCUGUCAAACACUGUCAAAUGGUGUGAGAAGGAAUGUCGUCAAUUUGUGCAGCUUGGGGUCACCAAUGGAAAUCACGUUUCCAGCUCACAGAUUCUGACCAGUUACAUGGAGAAGGCUUCCCGGCUGGAAGAACAAGUGAUGCAGUUAGUACAGUUAAUAAGUGAAGAGCAGAGCCGCAAUGACUUGAAGCCGCUAAUUGAGGCCAUUGAGUGUAUCAAGCAGAAGGUGACCGCCAUUGAAAACUACAAGGAACGCAUAGACAACCUGGAGAACCAGUUCAACAAGCAAAAUGAGCAGAUUAACCUCCACAAAACUCAGCUCAGCAGCAACGAGGAGCGAUUCAGACUUUUAGAAAGCACCUGCUACAAUGGCAAGCUGAUCUGGAAAGUCACAGACUACGAGAGGAAGAAGAGGGAGGCGGUAGAAGGUCGUGUGGUCUCCAUCUAUAGUCAACACUUUUACACCAGCCGGUGUGGUUACCGCCUGUGUGCUCGGGCCUACCUCAAUGGGGAUGGUUCAGGCAAAGGAAACUAUUUAUCACUUUACUUUGUAGUCAUGAAAGGAGAGUUUGACUCACUUCUCUCCUGGCCUUUCAAGCAGAAGGUCACAUUGAUGAUUCUUGACCAGAGUGGGAAAAAGAACAAUAUCGUGGAUGUUUUCAAAUCUGACCCCCAUAGCAGCAGUUUUAAAAGGCCGGAAGGGGAAAUGAACAUUGCCUCCGGAUGUCCACGCUUUGUGUCUCACAACCAGCUAGAGAUUCCAAAGAAUGGCUGCUAUAUUAAAGACGAUACCUUGUUCAUUAAAGUUGUUGUGGAUCUCACUGAUCUGGAAGAGUUAUAAGGACAUCAGUAAAAACCUGAAAGACUUGGAUUUGGAAGAGGAAGGAUUACUUUCUGAAUUUAGCAUUCUAAAAAAGUAUCAUGAAAGUAAAGCUGUAAAUUUCACCUAUUGAAGGCAAAGUGAAAAGUUUUCUUGCUAGCCCUCUCUCCCACGGAUACUUACUUUCCUAGUGCCCCAACACCAACUCGUUCACCUGCGAGAGUCAGGUGUGAAACAACCCUGUGUAAGCUCAUGUUCAUUCAUGUUCGGAUGUCCAACACGGCAUCAUGGGUUAAAGUAGAACUUUUUCCCCCCCUUUUGGAUAGAGUAAGGGAGGGUUAUAACCCCCAAUAAGGUUUUUUUUUUUUGC